GCAGUCUUAGGGAGGCUGGAAGCCCGGGGUCGCGUCACGUGGUUUUGCGACGGCGUCCUCGUCUCGCGCUCCUUCGUCCUCUCCGCCGCCCACUGCGCCGCCAACAGCCCCGUAGACGUGGUUCGAGUCGGCGCCCAUGAUCUCAGGCAGCGCGGGGCAGCCCAAGAUGACCUGCCUGUCGAAAAGGUGAUCCUCCACCCAGGAUACGCCUUCCCAAGCUCUUCCCACGACCUGGUUCUGCUGAGACUAUAUAGGCCUGUUCGCCUCGGUCCCCACGUUACCCCCGCGUGUCUUCCCUGGACUGCCCACGACGCGCCAAACCUCAACGGGAGGAGGCUUAUUUUGGCCGGGUGGGGAGCCAUGGAGUACGACGGAGAGACGAGUAACGUGCUGAGAGAAGUGACCGUCGAAGUCUUCCCGCCGAGCAAGUGUGCUUCCGCCUAUGCGUCCGUCGCCCACUACGACAGGCGAUUUCCUGAGGGCAUUAAUGAAGAUUUUCUGUGCGCGGGGGACGUCCGCGGCGGCAAAGAUGCGUGUCAUGGAGACUCCGGCGCCCCCGUCGUGUACAACCACUACGGGGUCUACAUGGCGGCCGGGGUGGUGAGCGCGGGCUACGGCUGCGGUCUGGCGGACUUCCCCGGCCUCUACACCGCCAUUCGUCCGCGCUUGAAGUGGAUCCGGGAAACGGCCUUCUCGGAUUAUCCGUGAUUCUCUUUUCUUUCGCUUCUUCUUUUUCCUGAACUUUCUUUUUUUCUUUUUAUCUGUUUAAUUGUUAUUUUAUGUAUUGUGAUAGCCGGAGGUGGUGUAUUCGAGAAACGAACAAUUCAUGUGUUGUUAUUUUGUAAAAGUUUUAAUUUGUUUUGCCUUUUACGCAUAUUUGUGUUUUCCUUUUUAUAGCUACCUUGUACAAAUAUACGUUUCGUAUUUUAUAAGACCUAAAACUUUGACUAUAUCAUUGUUGAUACUUUUUUUUUUAUUGAAUCAGGCCUUGGGGUGUAGAAAUGAAUCUACUAACCAAAUAUCUCCUGAUGGCUGAUUUAAACAGUGUUUUUUGUAUGAUGAAUGAAGAGAUUGAAAGCGAUUCGAAAAAAAGUGAAAAGUGGAGAGGAAAAUCAAAUAAACUGUUUACAUUUCAACUGUAUAAAUAAUAUCAGUUUAAUGUACCUUCAGGUUAACAUCGAUAUAGUUUAUAUCUUAAUGUGUCUUUUAAUUAAUUCAUUUUGGGAGUGAUUUUGUCAUUAAUCUGCACUUGGAGUUACUAUAAACAGUGAAAAAUCUUACAAUAUACAUAUGUUAUAGAAGAGAAACGAAAAGAACAAACAAUGCAGUGUUAUUUGUACUAAUAAGUUUUUUUUUAUAAUUUAAGAAUCACUCAUUAAGAGUAUCAUCAUUAAUAAGAUUAUCAUAAUCAUGUUCAUUACCUAUGCUAUUGGACCUACUGUUCUUAUUUCAAUUUUUAUUCAUGGUUUUCAUUACGACUUUCAUCACUGCUCACUUUAUCAAAACUCGACACUAUUAUUAUUAUCAUCAUCGUUCAUUCCACCCAUUUUAACUUCACAUUUUUUCAUCAGACAGGCAAGCAUGGCAGCUACACUUUAUUCUUUGUACGUUAAGACUUUUUUUUCCUAUUUGCAUCAUCUCUAUAUAACGGAGUGUUAAUGCUGUGAAUAAUGACUUUGAGACGUGCCUUACGCUUAUAAGGUUAACAUGAUAAAAUAACGGUGGUGUUUAGGCCACAUCUAAUACAGCCAUUGUCAACUAUUUCGGCCUUGACAUAAAAGAAAUUGAUAAGUUUCUGUCCAAAGAAUUGGAGUCAUUUGCGGGAACUUAUGCAACUGUCCCUUACCAACUACUGGGAUACAAAUACAGUCAUUGGAAAGGUGAGAAAGCCAAGGAAAAUAAAUCUGUUCCUGCUAUUUUGUAUGUCAAUACAUCCACAUUAUGAUACUAGGACUACUACGACUCGAUGUUGAUCUCCCUACCCUAUGACGGACCCAACACAAGAUGCAUACACCUGUGUAAAUCUAGGGUGCAUUCCGCCAUACUUGAUUUACUUUCGUAGAACUGAAAACUGGGAUGAGCGAUAACUCUAUCUAGGACCUCACCAAUGUAGCUGCUUUCUUUAGUCUUAUAUCAUCGGUAGCAUGAACUGCUAUUUUCUACCUGGCAUCUUACUUUCAUUGUAUUUAUUUAUUUAUUCAUUUAUUUUUGUUUGUGUCAUUUCCCUUCCAAGCGCCAAAUGGGUCAUAAGUUAGUUUUGUUGUUUAUUGAGCUGAUUCUUCUGGAACCUUGUGUUACAUAUUUUAUUCUUUAGGUAGUUUGGUAUUCCUAAGGUGCAGGGAAAGUUUUAUUGUUGCCAUUGGUUUACAUUUGUCCUAUGCCACACAGGUUCAAUUCUCUGAUGGCGAUUGCUUGGUACUGGUGCCCUGUCUAAGGUUUUCCUGAGUGGAGACCAAGUCUACGAAGAAUUUCGCACUUACACAUACGUCGUCCGGUUAUUGGUGAUAUGGAGAGAUGUUCAAGUGGACAUUGUCCCAGUACAAUGCUUAAGAGUAAAAGCAAAUAAAUGAAUUAUGUUCAUUUCUUCACUAUCACAGACGAAUGUUUACUGCAGACACCUGUGUGUGGGAUUUCUAAAUUUAUAAGUGGUGAUCAUGUCAAUAGAACCACUUAGUCAAUUCCAUAUUACUAUUUCGAUAUCCAUAGACGAGCUAAUAAUAAUUAAUGCUUUAGAGAAAUAAAUGAGCUAAACAGUUUUUGUUACAUAUUUCUAGUUGUGCAACAAAAAAGUUUCCUUCGUUUUCUAGCUGGUUAAUGCUCAACUUCAUAGUUUCUCAUAGAUUCUAGAUUGCAGUAAAAGUAUUUGUUUGUUUUAAUGUUAUGGUAUUUCUACUGAUAUCUUUGAAACACAGCUUUCUCAUAUUAUGAAUAAAGGCUAAUAGUU